AUGUCGUUUACGUUACGAACCAUAAAUGUUGGUCGCAACGUUGCACGUGUACUUUUUAACAAAGUUUGUUACCCCGUGUCGCAGACCGUGGCUUAUAAAUCAGAUCAGUCGCAGGCUGAAAACCGGCCGACCGUGGCCAAAUUAGAUCCUUUACAAAAGUCGCAACUUAUCGAUUUCGGUAAAUACGUCUCCGAUUGUUUGCCAAAAUAUGUACAGAAAGUUCAGAUCACAUCUGGAAACGAGUUAGAAGUCCUUGUCCAUCCAGAUGGUAUAAUCCCUGCGUUGCAAUUUUUCAAGGACCAUCAUAGUGCGCAAUUUGUGAACUUAGUCGACAUCGCAGGCAUGGAUGUGCCCAGCCGACCUAACAGAUUUGAAAUUAUCUACAACUUACUAUCGCUGCGCUACAACUCUCGCAUUCGAGUCAAAACAUACACUGAUGAACUGACUCCAAUUGAUUCAGCGUGUGAGGUCUUCAAGGCUGCUAACUGGUAUGAAAGAGAGAUUUGGGACAUGUAUGGGGUGUUCUUUGCCAAUCAUCCUGAUUUGAGAAGAAUAUUAACCGAUUAUGGCUUCGAAGGGCAUCCAUUUAGAAAAGAUUUUCCUCUUAGUGGGUAUGUUGAGUUACGUUAUGAUGAUGAACAGAAACGUGUUGUGGUGGAACCUCUGGAAUUAGCUCAAGAAUUCAGAAGAUUUGAGCUGAGUGCUCCAUGGGAACAGUUCCCCAAUUUUAGGGGCAAUCCUGUUGAAGAAGUCACUACAGCUGAUCCUAAAAAAGAAUAA